AUGCCCGGGCCCCUGGCCGACGGGCCGCAAGUGAUGGCCCGCUGCCCCCGCUGGGCAGCUGUGGCCGCCGCGCCGCCGCCCUACUGCGGGCGGCUGCGCUGCGAGCGCGCGGAGGUUCUGGUGAUCGGCGAGUUCGGUGCGGACGUUUGCCUCGUGGAGCUCGACAACCUGCGCUUCUCGCGAUUGGCCGAUGAGGACGCUGGGGACGAGUUUUACCAGGCCUUCGUGGCAGCCGACGGGAGGGGCGCCUUGGUGGUCCCUGGCGACGUGGCCGUGUCGAGCGCUCUCGACGGCCUUGUCACCUCCUUCCGGCGCGGGCUUGCCGAACCGCUGGGCCACCUGUCCGCCGGUCUCGGGUAUCUCGCCUGCGCGGUCGGUCUGGCCGCGAGGCCAGACAGUCCAGCAACCUCGCCGCUCCAGAGCCGCGGCAUCUUCGUCCCAGCCGCGCUGGUGGCCGACGGCCCCGAGCGCACCGCGCCCCUGGUUCGCGCCGUUGCCGUGGGCGCCUGCGUGGCCGCGCUUCUGGACCUGAUGCUCAAGGCGGGCGCAGACUCUGGCGCUUCAGGGCCAGGGUCCGCCGAGGCGUCCGGCGCCCAGGAUAUCUCCAUCAUCACCGUGCUGCUGCUUGUGCUCGUGUUCACCCCCGGGCUGCUCGUCAGCGCCUUCUCGCUCUCCUUCCUGCGCAGCAGAGACGAGGCCAUGGCCCUGAAGGUGUUGACCGCCCUGGGCCUGCGGGAGCGACUGGAGCGGCGGCCGGCGGUGACUGGCGCGCCCCCGGGACAGCCUCUGUGGUGCCGGUGGGUGAAGAAGACUUGGGCGGCCUUCGCGCCGCCGCCCUCCACGGACGGGCGGCAGUUGGUGCCCGACAGCGCGCUCGGCGACGGCGAGCGAGCGAGUGGUGCCACGGCCGAGGCGGCGCCCCCCGGCCGGGGAGCCGCCGCGGAGGUCCAGUCGGCUGCCGCGCUACGGCCUCUCGCGCUGCCCACGCGGCCCAGGCCAGACUGCCCUCCGACAACCGCCUGGCUCACCGCCGGUGACGGCGCGGAGGGCGCCUGGGCGCCGCUCUUCACCGUGCGCCGGCCGCUGGCGGAGGGGGAGACGAGGCGGCUCAGCCUCUUCGAGCCCCGGUUCCUGGCCCUGCUCGACUCCCUGAGGGACUUGGGCAGCACGAGGCGGGGGCUUCGCCUCGCCGUCGUGUUCGCCCCCCUGGGCUCCGAACGGCCACUGGCCCUGGAGCAGGCGCCCACGAGCGAGGCUGGCCUGCGGCCACCCCUGUCCGUGGAGGUUGACGCUGUGCUUGAGGGCAGGGGGCGUGUCGUGGAGGUGGAGACGGUGUGCGAGGCCCUUGGGGAGGAUGGCCAGCGCCGGUGGCGCUUGGAGGUGCGCGGCACCAGCCAGACGUUCUGCACCAGGUCCUGCGCCCUGGCAAGCGACGAACUGGGCGCCCUGUGGGCGGCGCCUCCCGGGCAGUCGGCUGGCGCGGUGGCAGAGCUUCGUCCGCAGGCUGCUGGUGGCCCGGCCACGGCGGACCCGGUGCGCUGUGUUGUGGUGGUGGGCCUGCUGCACGUGAACGGGGUCGUGCGCAGCCUGUCGCGGCUGCUGGGCCCAGGGCACGGCAGCGCGAAGGAGCCCGACGCUCCACCUGCGGUGGCCGUGGACAAUCGCCCGCGGUCUGCUGCGAAGGAGAGGAGGGAGACGCGGGGGUCGUUCGGAGGCCUCGGCAAGGCGUGGAAGGCCAUGAACGCCUGGGGCGACGAGUUCGAACGGAAACACUUCAACGGUGACCUCCUCCACACGGUGGGCUCGGCGCCCCGCAAGACCGUGCAGGCCAUGAAUGAGUGGGGGGACGACUUCGAGCGGCGGCACUUCGAUGGGGACCUAAUCGGCGCCAUCGACCGCACGCUCGCUGGACGGGGAGGGUUCGUUGGCAAGAGGAUCGUCGAUACAUCUGCCUGCCUAGUUCAGAAGCUCAGCCUCUAG